AGACAAGGGCUUAUUAUGAUAUUGCAGUGGAACGCCCUUACGGACACUGAAAAGCAUGAGUUUAUCGAAGCGGAGCUGUGUCUCAUGCAGCACCCACCGGUCACUGGCCUGGUAGAAAAUGCCACCAAUGUCUGGGAUGAAUUUGCCAAUAUCCACAUCACCCAAGGAAACAAUAUCCACAAUGUCGGCCAAUUCCUUCCCUGGCAUCGCUAUUAUGUUAGAGCGCAUGAGCUGGCGCUUCAGAACCUGUGCAACUACACUGGUGCACACCCGUACUGGGACGAGCUUACCGAUCUUACCAACGGGAAUGUAGCCGACUCUCCUAUCUUCGAUCCAGACACAGGGUUCGGCGGGAACGGUACAGGAGGCAAGGGCUGCGUAAGCGACGGACCAUUCAAGGACAUAGUGCUCCACAUGAGCAGCCAUCACCAACGCGGAGAUAGCUUCUGCCUGUCCCGAGGCCUGAGCCAGAGCAGUUUGGAGAUGGAAGCAGCAUCGAACGUUGAGACAUGCUUCGGCUACGCGAACUACACAGAUGCCUGGCAAUGCUAUAACGGGUACACACACGCCGGCGGCCACCGUGCAGUUGGCGGGUUAAUGUCGCAUCCGAUUGACAGCAUCAACGAACCCUUAUUCUUCAUGCACCACGCAUACCUGGACAAGCUCUGGUGGGAGUGGCAAUUGGCCGAUUACCCACGCCGGCUCUUUGACAUGGGAGGAAAUAAUACAGCUCCCCAGUGGUUCAUCGAUGCAGCCGAUCUCUCCCAGCCUGGCGCUGAUAUUCUCGACUAUAAUGGUGACCCGGGCUCCACCACCACUCUCCACCACACUUUGUGGAUGAACUCCGUCGUGGCCAAUACUACCGUGGGCCAGAUCAUGAAGCUCAAUGGUUCUGUUAUCUGCGCGGAAUAUGUGAUUGAUGAGCGUGCGACAAUCUAUAAUACGAGUGUUCACACCUCGGGGCAUUAUCAGUCAACAUCUUUUUAG